AAAUAUCUUAGGUCAUCUUAUCUGUUCAAAGAGUGAAGAAGUGAGAGCUUGAAGAAGAUAGGUUGCUAGUAUAAGAAGAAGGAAAAAAGGGCACAGCAUGCUUGGAAUUUGUGUUUCUUUCAAGAGGAAGUUACAAUGCAAACCCGAGGCAAAACAAGUUCAUGAACCAAAGACAUCAUGGCAGCAAAAUGGCAACACUACUGCAAAUAAUGAGAAAACAAAGUCAGGUUUACUUGAGUAUUCAAACAUCAUCCAAGGAAGCAAGAGGUACUUAAAAAAAUCACUAAGUUUGAAUCCAAAAUCUGAAGGGAUGAUGAUUGAUAUAAGUGAUCCUAUAAACCAUGAAAUUCUUGAUGAUGAUAGUGAUUUGGAAGGUUGUUAUAGAUCAAUAACAAGGGCUUCAUCAACAUCUUCAAGGUUAAGCAAUCGUGUUUACUAUAAUGAAGAAAAUGUCUUAUCUAAUACAAGGUCGUUGGUUCAUAUGGAUGGUCCUUCAAUGUUGAAAUGUUACAAUUAUGGUGACAAACUCAACAGCCAUAAUACUGUUGAAGCACACCAUAUCACCGAGCAUUCAGUCACGGAAAUUGAAGAAGAAUCAUCCCGGCAGAUAGUAGAAACAAUAUGUGGAAGAGGAAGAAGCUUGGUUAGUUCAGAAUUGUGGGAGAUCGAUUGCAUGUUAAAAGUCCACAACAAGCCAAAAACACUAGCAUGCUUUGACAAGUGUAGAGAAAUGGUGAAGAUUAAGGCAAACACUAGCAAGAACCAUCCACGUUGUCUUGCUGAUGGAAAUGAGCUUCUAAUGUUCCAUGGCACUAACAUUGCAUGCUCUCUUGGCACAAACAGUUGUUAUAGUUUGUGCAAUUUAGACUACUGUGGUGUGUGUCAAAUUCUAAGAAAUGGUUUCUCGGCUAACAAAGAAUUUCAAGGUGUAUCAGGUGUUUUUACGAGUUCCACAAGGGGAAAAGCCCUUGAUUCUGUUAUGAUAUUUGAUGAGAGUGAAUGUACAAGAAAAUCAGUUAUAGUUUGUAGAGUAAUAGCUGGGAGAGUUCAUUAUCAUUUUGAAGAAAUUCACGAAGAUUUUGAAUCAAAAUUUGAUUCAUUGGCAAAAAAGGUAAGUGAUCAUUCAGAUAUUGAGGAACUAUACUCGUUGAAUCCUAAAGCUCUACUCCCUUGUUUUGUGGUAAUCUACAAACAACAAACGGUGAAUAUUUAAAGGUUCCAUACUUUUAACCAUGAAGGUUCUCAUGUUAGAUUUGUAUUUCUUUUCAAUUUUAG